GGAGCUGCUUCACGUCAGCACACAUAUACACACGCACGCGCGCACUCUGGAUGGAUUUAUUUAUUCGACUUGCCUCGUGUUUCUGGCUGAUUAUUAUAAACACUUCACCCCGGGUUAUUUAAUAAGUGUGGAUUUAGAGGAACCCAUGACUGAGUGAAACUCUGUGGUCUUCCGCUCGGCACAAUGCGCCUUAUUACUCCAGGUGUCCUGACUGUAUUUACUGUACUGACGAGACUUACACACGCCGUUCCCGCUCCUUCUGACGUGUCGGUGAAGUGUGACAGUAAUGGAGCGGUGGUGGAGUGGACGGCCGCGGGGCUCAGCGAGCAAGCCGACUUCGAGUUAGAGAUCAAAACUAACUUUGGGAAAAAUAUCACUGUUCACACAAAAUCUCGUCACCUCGACCUAUCAUCCCUGCUCGAUGAUCCAGGCUACAACUUUUACGUUGUGAAGGUGAAGGCUAGAGACGGAAAACAGGAGUCUGAGUUUGCAGUAUCACCAACGUUCUCAUUCAAUGCUCUGAUGCGAGCCAAUAUCACCUGUAGCCUCGAGUUCCCCGAAGUCACAGUGUUUCCUCAAGAUGGACAGUUGUUUGUUCAGUUCGCCAACCCUUUACACCUGUACAGAGACACACUUGCUCUACGCGGACUCUUAAAGUCAGACACGCUGGAGUACGUUCUCUACAGGGACGAGAUACCUGAAGAGGUGACUUGUGUUCACGAGUCAAAGAUGUGUGAGAGCAACAUAUCAUUCCCAGAAAACCAAGAAAAAUACUGCGUCACACUUGUGGGGUUCAUCAGACAAACCCCUCUAAGGCGAACAGAACCUUACUGUCACUAUGGCCAACUUUAUCCUGUGCCACCCCUCAGCACGUACCUCGUCCCACUGCUGGUCAGUUUCGCAGUGUUCGUCACUUUGGCCUUGGUCUCUGUGUUUCUGGUGAAGCGAAUGAAGAAGAACCUCAAGGAGGACAUCCAUUCCAUGUUCCCAGAGUUUCUGAAGAGCAAGACUCCUCUCAUCGAGUUUUUAAGCGUGGUGCCGGACCCCGUGAGCCCUGAAGUUAACCUGGUUGAUAAAGAUCCCCCGCACAUGACACUCGACAUACAGGAGAGCACCACGCCCUCAGAAACCACCCACUCUUCUCAAUGCACUGAGGAGGAGGACGACGACGAGCUUACAAACUCAGGAAGCAGCGAAUCCAUGGACAGCUUGUGCAAGUACGGGAAAGCAGAGGACCUUUCGGGCAGCAACUUGAGUUCGGGUUAUGACCGGCCGCACGCACUGUUAGAAAUGAGUCCUGGAGACAUGGUGCAAAAUUACAAAUGUUGAUAGGUCUCAGAUCUUUCGUUAAUCAAAAAGAUACACAUCUCCGGUUCUAAGAAGUCAGAGAGAGAUGUGACGGAGGACAGAAUAUAAAUAAUGUGAACCCAGAUUCUUCGUGUCUCAGCUGCAGUAAUGUUUCUUUAUGCUGACGCCAGUAUAAAGCUGUUCUGAAGUAGACCUGCAGGACUCAGAAUUUCAGUUCUCCAUGUCCUAACACACCCACACCAUGUAUAAGUGUUUAUUACUGACUGCCGGCUCAAAGAGCUCAUGUUCUUACCCCACACACAGAUUUUACAUAUAUGCAUUAAUAGACCAUUGUGCUCAGGGCAAAAAAGGAACUAGAUCCUGUGGGUCUAAUUAUACGCCUGUGUUGCAAGAGUGGAAAGUAGAAAACAGUUGCUCUAAUUACAGUAACUGACUACAUGAUUCACUAUAAUGCAAUGUUCACACCUACAGCCACUCAGAGAUCACUGAUUUUCAUUGAAAGCUGCUGCGGCUUGCAGUGACGAGUGACAGUGAGCGCCGGACACUAGACGUGUUCAGCAACGUGUGUUGAGAUACAUUUAACUUUAUGCAAACUCGGUGCAACGACUACCAAAGGUACUGAAGACAGCAGAGCGCACGUGAUCUGUGCAGAUAUUCACACACUGCUGUAAUAAACAACUUCUACUGAACGCUGUGUAAAACCAUUAAAAGACCAAAUCAAACCAACGCCUGCCAGAGGUGCCACGUGUCUUGCAGCAAUGUCUAAGACCGUGAAGACGCCUCUGUAGCACUGGUGCAAGUUUAAAUGCUAAAAUACGCAAUCCAAAACCUCAGGAGAUUAUGGACACUUUGCUAGCUAGAUGACUAAAUGAAUGUUUUAUAGAGUGAAAGUCUGUACUAAACUUCAAUGCCAUGUUGAAUUUUCUUCAGCUAUUACCUGUUGUGUUUAAUAUUAAUAUAAAUUUGUGUGAAUGAAAUCUAGCUAGAUAGUUAAAUGCUUGCAUUUUGGCUAACUUAGCUAGCCGGCAAAUGAACCUUGCCUUUAUUUAUAUACGGGUGUUUAUUCAGAUAUACAAUAUUUUCAUGUUGUUGGGCCAAUUAUGGAUGAGAAAUAAACUUGU